AUGAGGCCCAUCCAGGUCCUAGCGACGGCUGUGUCCCUCGCCUUGGGGGUUGCAGGCGCUGCAACCCCCUCGGGGAACACAUGCGGAGGUGAUCCGACUGUUGUCAUCCCGCAGGCCGCCGUCAAGGGUUUCCGCGAUGAUCACUGCAACAAUGUCUUUUUGGGUAUUCCUUUCGCCGCAACGACAGGCGGGACGAAUCGAUGGCGGCCACCGCAGAACCUUCGACCAUCGAAAUCAAGCUACAAAGCCAUUACGUAUGGGCCGACUUGCCCACAGGCCAAAGUGAAGUCGCAAUAUAGCCGCCAAGCUGAGGACUGCCUGAACCUCAAUAUCUGGGCGCCUCCCAAGGCGAAGAGUGGCUCUGGUUAUCCUGUGUUUGUGUACAUGUAUGGUGGUGCCAUGGUUACGGGUUCCAACAGCAACCCUCAGUUGCAAGGCACCAACUUUGCCCGCAAGGACGUCGUCUACGUCAACUUCAACACUCGCGAGAGCAUCUUCGCCUCCCCAUACUCCUCGGAGUUGCAACGCGCAAACCCGAAAACGUCCCAGAACUUGAGCAUUCUGGAUGUUGAAAAGGCACUGGACUGGAUUCGCAAAAACAUCAAAGCUUUCGGUGGCAAUCCCGACCACAUCGUCUUUGGCGGCCACUCGUCUGGCUCCGUGCAGGUCGACCACUACCUAUGGAACCACCCCCAGACCUGGCUCAAAGGAGCCGUGCAGAUGAGCGCCAACGCCAUGUCGGGACCGGCGUACGCGCCGAUAGACGAAGCCUUGAACAUUGUUGCCGCGGAAGUUGGCUGCCCAGCUGCGGGUCACGGCCAGAUAGACUGCCUCCGUAAAGUCGACAUGUACGCACUCGAGACGGCCAUGUUCAACUCAACAUCCAACGUGUGGUUCACGCCGGUCAUUGACGACAUCACCCGGCAUUCCGACUACGCGGCGCGGUUCGCAGCGGGUAAGUACGCAUCGCAUGUGCCGUUGCUGACUGGAACGUCGGACGGAGAGGGAAACAUCUUCAGCCUCGUCUAUGGCGGCAGCGCGAGCAGCUUCAAGUCAUGGAUAGACAGUUUUGACGCCGACAGCGCGCACAUCUCGGACUGCAAGCUACUCGGAGCCUACAAGGCCACUGACUACGACAGCGAUCCUCAACGCAUCGGCGCCCAGUAUGGCGAUGCUCGUUUCAACUGUGCCGUUGACUACCUCCUCGACAUGCGCAGCGCCAAGCAAUCUACCUGGGUUUACCGAUUCUUCGGCAAGUACGACAACGUCGUGGGCCCGCCAAACACGGCACCGACGCACGGAACUGAAGUGCCCUUCUUCCACGGCGGAAACGAGUGCUUCAAUUCUCUGAAGGGCGUCACGCAGGAACAGCAAGCGUUGGCAGACUUCACCCACGACUGGUUUGUGUCGUGGAUAAAGAAUCCGACAGCUGGGCCUGGCUGGAACAAGGCAUCACCAACGUCGGACACGCUGGUCAAGCUGGCCGUGCCUGGAGAUGAGCUUGCCCGUACGAGUGGCUCCAGGGCAGACUACAACGCCAAGUGCAAAGCGGUCUACGCACCUGCUUUCCCCAAAUACCCGAUCGUCCAGUCACUGUUGGGUGGUAAGCCUCAGCCGUGA